AAAAACGGCGAAAGAUCGUUUCACCAGAGGAGUUGAACAAGUGUAGGAGCCAUGGUGAAAGCUGUGAUCGGCGAGGAAACCCGUCUCAAAUCCGCCGAGGAUCGCCUCAGCCACUCCGCCGUCGCUUCUCAGGUAGGGUUGGUGAUAGGGAAGCUAAGUACGAGCUCGGACCGAUGUUUGGUCUUCGAUUUGGUUCCUACGCCACCCAAUGACGCGGGAGAACCGGCUUGCUCGCUCAUUGAGGCCGAUAAGAAGAAAGGAUCGAAAGGAAAAUCUCAGUCCGAUUCUUCUUCUUCGUCGUCUCUGUUUAUCGACAAGGAUUGGGUCGCCGAACACGCUCGUCAGGUCUCCAGAAUGCUAUUGGGUGGCGUGAAGGUGCUUGGCAUCUAUGUAUGGAUGAGUGAAAGCGCAUUCAAGAAUUCAACUAUUAUACUCUGCCAGACUAUAAUGGGAGUUGCUGAAUCAGCACCCUUGUGGGAUGCAGACUGGGGUGAGAGAUUGCUUAUACACAUCAGUUAUAGUCCAAGGAGAUGGACAUGUAGAAAUAGCUCGCUAGCAUCAAAUAUUUCGUCAAGCAGCCUUCGGCCUUGUGAUUUCAAAAUGGGAAGAGUGUUAGCUUCCCUUCAGACGUUUAGGUGCACUUACACCUUUGAUUUAAGAUUGCCCAUUUGCCAUCAGAGUGCAUCCAAUGUUAGAAAAUUGGCAGACAUACUUCGCCAAGCAAUUUCAAGUCAUGGCAAGGAGCUUAAAGAUGCAAAGGCUAUGAUUGAUGGGAAUUUGGUGGUUGAGGAGGAGUCAUGUGUAUCAGAUGGCUUGCAUGAAGUGCAAUUUCUUGUACCUUUCAUGAAGGAUUCAUAUGUGGAAGCAUGCAGCCAAAAAGAGGUUGUUGGUGUUCUUGUCUUUGGUGGCUCGGUUUGUUCUUUUGCUUACUCAAACUCGAAAGAACCCCUUUCGCAAGCUUUGGCCGAUAUAAAGGGGGACAUCAUCACGAGCCUGCAAAGCAGGUUGGAUGUCCUUUGGGACGAGUCAGAUGGAGAAUCAGGCCUCGCAGUUGAUCAUGGAAAGGAGGGUAGUGAUGAGUUAUCAACAGAAGCACCCUUUCUCCAACUCAAUCUGCAUUCAUUAAGAAGACGGUGCAGUCUUUCAUUUCCUAGAAGAGUGUUUAUCCCUUGGUUGGCGGGUACAUAUAUCUGUGACUAUUUACAAGCAGCUGAGACACUCGAGGUUGUUAAUGAUCAUUGUGUUGAAUUGAUGUCGAUGGAUGUUCCAACAGAUCCCUCAACAAUCUUGGAACUAGAAACAGAACCCCUUGCUCUAACCACCGAAUCUUUCUGGGAUGCGGCUGCUCCGUUCAGUUUAACGUCUAGUCAAGACUGUUCCUCUUCACAGAAGACCGGUAUGGCUACAAGCCAGGAAAAUGAGAGGAAAUCCAUGAAGCCGACUGAUUUCAACUUCAUGGCUGCAAUUUUGAUCCUGAUUCUCUCCAUUUUAGUUGGGCUGGUGCUUUAUACUUUCAAGGCCUUGUAACAUAUACUACAUAUGCUUUCACCUGUAAGUGCUUCUAUGGGGCCUUGGAUUUUACUGAGUCUGUGUGAAUGUUUUGCAUUCCCAGAAAUAUGUACUCUUUGGUUUGCAAUUUUAAGAAUUAUUUUUGAGAUAAAAAAGUUCUAUAGAUUUGCGUAUUAUUCUGUCUUUAGUAAAUUUUUUUAACAUUUUGACAAACUCUUUUACUUUUUGAAUAGAGGUAUGUUAUGUACGUCCAAAAAAUA